AUGCUGGCAUUGGUCAUUGGAGCUUUGCUUGUUAUAUGCAUCACGCAUUGGGUUUACAACUGGAGAAACCCAAGAUGCAACGGCAAACUCCCACCAGGUUCAAUGGGCUUCCCACUUCUCGGCGAGACUCUUCAGUUCUUCGGCCCCAGCACGACUUCCGAUAUCCAUCCCUUUGUCAAAGAGAGGAUGAAAAGGCAUGGGCCAAUAUUCAAGACUAGCUUAGUGGGGCGAUCGGUAAUCGUAUCAGCCGACCCGGAUCUCAAUCAUUUCGUCUUCCUGCAAGAAGGGCAACUGUUUCAGAGCUGGUAUCCCGAUACAUUUACAGAGAUCUUUGGACGUCAGAAUGUGGGUUCCUUACAUGGCUUCAUGUACAAGUACCUAAAGAACUUGGUGCUUAAUCUCUUUGGUCCCGAAAGCCUUAAGAAGAUGCUUCCAGAAGUUGAGCGGACAGCUUGCAGAAGGUUGCAACGCUGGUCAAGCCAAGAAACCGUUGAGUUAAAAGAAGCAACUGCUAGUAUGAUAUUUGAUCUGACAGCCAAAAAACUGAUAAGUUAUGACCAAGACAAUUCCUCGGAAAAUCUGAGGGAGAAUUUUGUUGCAUUCAUACAAGGAUUAAUCUCCUUCCCAUUGGAUAUUCCUGGAACAGCUUAUCACAAAUGUUUACAGGGAAGGAGAAAUGGCAUGAAAAUGCUGAAGAACUUGCUAAACGAAAGGCGGGCAAUGCCCGGGAAGAACCGAAGUGACUUUUUCGAUUAUGUCCUUGAAGAACUUCAGAAAGAGGGUACAAUUCUCUCAGAGGCAAUCGCCCUGGAUUUGAUGUUCGUGCUACUAUUUGCCAGCUUUGAAACAACUUCCCUGGCUCUAACUUUAGCCGUUAAAUUCCUUUCUGACGACCCUUCAGUGCUGAAAAAGUUAACGGAAGAGCAUGAGACAAUUCUACGGAACCGUGAAGAUCCCGACUCUGGACUUACAUGGAAAGAAUACAAAUCAAUGACUUAUACAUUCCAGUUCAUCAAUGAAACCGUUAGGCUGGCAAAUAUAGUUCCAGGAAUCUUCAGAAAAGCACUAAGAGAAAUCCAAUUCAAGGGAUAUACCAUUCCAGCCGGUUGGGCAGUAAUGGUUUGUCCCCCAGCUGUGCACCUGAAUCCAGCAAAAUACCAAGAUCCGCAGGCCUUCAAUCCAUCAAGAUGGGAGGGAGUAGAAAUGAAUGGAGCCUCUAAGAAUUUCAUGGCAUUUGGUGGUGGCAUGAGAUUUUGUGUGGGAACGGACUUCACUAAAGUGCAGAUGGCCGUGUUUCUCCAUUGCCUGGUUACAAAGUACAGGUGGCAACCAGUCAAAGGAGGAAAUAUACUCCGAACUCCAGGUUUACAAUUUCCAGAUGGCUUUCACAUUCAGCUCAUGGAGAAAACUAGACUAAUGUCAAGCCAUGUCAGUCUACAUGGCUAA